AUGGCCCAACAUCAGGGCAAUGUGUUGAAUGGGGACACUGUUGAGCCAAUAGUUCACACACUCAGAGACUAUGUACUCCCCACUGUUAUUGGAGUACAAUCAUGCAUCCAACUGCCGGCAGUUGCAGCUAAUAAUUUUGAAAUUAAGCCGGCAAUUCUGCAAAUGGUCCAGUCUACUGUCCUGUUUGGUGGACUCCCAACUGAGGAUCCCAAUACACACAUAGCCAAUUUCCUGGAGUUGUGUGGAACUUUUAAAUAUAAUGGGGUCACCGACGAUGCUAUUAGAUUGAGAUUGUUCACAUUCUCACAGCGGGAUAGAGCUAAAAAUUGGUUGAACUCUCUUCAAGCCAAUUCAAUCACUACAUGGGAGGCCUUAGCUCUGAAAUUUCUUGCAAAUUUUUUCCCUCCAUCCAAGGCUACAAAUUUGUGUGGGACGACUCACACCAUUAUUGACGAUGCAACAGGCGGUGCUUUCAUGAGCAAGAAUGCUAAUGAGGCUUAUCAAUUGCUUGAAGAAAUGGCCAUGAAUAACUAUCAGUGGCCUAGUGAACAUGAUAGAAAUAAGAAGGUAGCUGGUAUGCAUGAGCUAGAUGCUAUUACCGCUCUCACUGCUCAGGUUGCAUCAUUGACCAAGCAAUUGCAACCAAAUGCUAUGGCCACUCAAGUCAUGCAAAUCCAAGCGGUAUGUCAUAAUUGUGGUGGUCUUCACCCAUUUGAGCAAUGCAUGGUAGUUGAGAUGAACAACUCCAUUCCCAUGGAACAGGUGAAUAUGAUGGGAAAUUUCAAUAGGCAAGCUAAUAAUCCAUUCUCCAACCUGUUCAAUCAAGGGUGGAGAAAUCAGCCUAAUUUUGCAUGGAGAAAUAAUCAGGGUCCUCAACAAAUUCAACAGCCUAUGCUUCGAGCUCCACCUCACGCACCAUUACAACCACCAAUACUACCUGUUGCUCAAGAAAAGACAAAUGAGUUACAAGCUACAUUGUUAACUCUGACCAACUCUCAAUCUCAAUUUAUGAUAGAAACUCACUCAUCCAUCAAAAAUCUUGAGAUGCAAUGCAAUGCAAUCUCUUUGAGGAGUGGGAAGAAGUUGGAAGAGCCAGUCAAGAAGUCUAUACCUGCACCAAAAGUUGAUGUUGAGAAUGAGGGUAAGGUAGAAGAAGAGGUUAUUGAAGACCUUGAGAAGAAUCAGUCACCAAAAAUGAAAUUGGAGGAUUAUGAGACAGUGGCACUUACUGAGGAGUGCAAUGCUAUUUUGCAGAAGAAACUACCUCCCAAGCUUAAAGAUCUGGGUAGUUUCGCGAUUCCUUGCUCAAUAGGAGAUACUGUUAUGACCAAGGCCUUAUGUGAUUUAGGGGCUAGUGUAAAUUUAAUGCCCUUAUCUAUUUUUUGGAAGUUGAAAUUGGGAGAGGCUCGCUCCACUACUGUGUCCAUACAAAUGGCAUACCGCUCUGUUAAGCAACCUCGUGGAGUAAUUGAUGAUGUCUUAGUUAAGGAUGGUAAAUUUAUCUUCUUUGCUGAUUUUAUUAUUCUAGAUAUGGAGGAAGAUGCAAACAUUCCCAUCAUUUUGGGAAGACCAUUCUUAGCCACAGGGAGAGCACUAAUUGAUGUACAAAAGGGGGAGUUGAAGCUGCGAGUGCAAAACGAAGAGUUGUCAAUGCUAGCCUGUGAUAUCGAACAAACAUAUGUGCCUGAGGUGCUUCAUGAUUGUUCUCAAUCACCUACUGUUGCUCUUGAGCUACCUCUAGCUACUGAGGUUAUUUCACUUGCUCCAACUGUCACUCCAGAUGCCAUUGCACCUACUCCUAAUGCAUUUGUGGCACCACCUGCUGAAACAAAGUAG